AGGUAAAGGCAUUCUCAUUUAAUUGAAGUAUGUGAAGGUACCUUAAGUAAGGACCCCGUGGCUCCGGGACAGGCCCGUAUCGGGAGAGACCCGUAUCGAGACAGGCCCACACCGGGACAGGCCCACGUUGGGACAGGCCCACGUGAAGAGCACGGGAGGCCUGCUCGUAAGGCGCGGUGAAAGCUGCGCAGAGUUGGGCUGGAGAGAUGUCUCAGGUAAAAGUCUCUGCUAGGCGAAAGCCUGUGGAGCAGGGCCCAGAGGGGAGGGGAAGCCUCCAAGGUUGGGAUUUCUGGUGGCAGGAGAAAUCCCUGGGAUUUCCGGUGGCAGGGGAAAUCCCUGAGGGAGCUCUAACAUGGGUUGGGGUCCCUCUGACUAAGUGCUUGUGAUAGUGCACGAUCACAACCACUAAGUCCCUGGGAGAUGGGCACUUUUCCGAGUAAGAAACCAAUCCCACGAAAAACACCACUGGGAUGCAUUUUGGAGCACUGGAAAGAUCUGGGAAAUGUUGAUCCUUUGACUCGGAAACAGUUGAUUGAAUAUUGUAAUCAUUGGUGGCCACUAUACACUUUAGAAAAUGGGGAAAAGUGGCCAGAAAAUGGGACAUUGCAAUAUAACACCAUUUUGCAAUUAAUGUUAUUUUGUAAAAGGGAAGGUAAAUGGAACGAAAUGGCAUAUGUAGAUCUGUUUUUCACAUUGCGAAAUCAUCCGGAAUGGCAAAGGCAAUGUGAAUUGGUUUCAGCUAGUUCUGUGGUAAUGGCAUUAAAGGGGCAGGAACCUGAUAAAAAUUUGGAAAAGGUUGCUCAGCUUAUGAUAUUGGUAAAUGAUGUUUUAAAUGUGUGUUUAAAGAAGAUGAUGUUAAAUUAUUGGUUAAAUAUUGGAUAUUUUGUUGGAAGAUACUGAAAGGAAAAUGGUAUUAAAUACGGCCAGAAAACAAGUAGAAGGAGCUCAUGCUCAUACAAGGGACAGUGGACCAGAAUUUUCCAUCCACAAAUCCUGAGUGGGACCCUAAUCAGCCGGGACCCAGAGGGAUGCUGACUAGAUCUCAGAAGUGGAUUUUGUUUGGUGAUAGAUAUGCAAUGCCAAAAGCAAUUAAUCAGUCUAAACUUUGUGAGACAAGAAUUAAAUGAGUCCCCUUCAGCCUUUAUGGAAAGACUGAAGGUGACUGCUAGAAAAUACACUAAUUUGGACCCAGAGGAAAAAAACCCAAAACCAACACCAAACAAAAAAAAAAAAAAACACAAACAAAACCACAAACAAAAAACACCACGGAAGAAGCUAUACAAUUGGCCUCUAUAUUUAUGGGACAAUCAGCCCUAGAAAAAACUCCAGAAAAUGGAAGGGGCUGAGUCCAGAGACUUAGGUAAAAUGCUUGAAGUAGCCUGGACUGUGUAUAACAACAGAGAAAAAGAAAAAGAAGUCAGACAAAUGCAAAGGGAUGGAAAAAUUCUGGCAAUCUUGACUGAGAAUAAUAAAUGUGUAAAGUGAAACUCAGCCAUAAAUCAGCAGAGGGUGUUGGUGCGACGGGGCGGAAAGAGAACUGGCCUUUCUUGAAACUGUUAAAAUUUAAGCUGGGAAAAUAGUAGGUAAAACACAUCAAUUUUUGUACGUGCCCAAAUGUCCGUUGCCCUUAUUGGGACAAGAUUUAUUAAGCAAAUUAGAUGCACAAAUAAUUUUUAAAGAUGGAGAAAUCAGAUUACUAAUACCAGAAUCAAAAGCCAUAGAGGCGAGGGUGUUUAUGUUACAGAAUUCCUCCAAAGAAGAACAAAUUCCAGAAGCGGUGGACAAUGCAGUCACUCCCUUGGUAUGGGCAAGUGAAGUUCCAGGAUGAUCCAAACUGGCAGAACCGGUAAAGGUGACUUUAAAACCUGGAGCCAAGCCGGUAAGACAAAAACAGUAUCCUAUUAAGUGGGAAGCCCGGAAGGGAUUAGAAGAAUUAAUUACAAAAUUUCUAGAGUAUGGGUUGUUGGUAGAAUGUGAGUCAGAAUACAAUACCCCUAUAUUACCAGUAAGGAAAUCGGGAGGUAAGGAAUACCGAUUGGUUCAGGACCUGAGGGCCAUAAAUCAAAUAGUUCAAGAUAUACACCCAGUAGUGGCCAAUCCAUACACUUUACUGACAUCUUUAAAGGAGGAACAUAAAUGGUUUACUGUACUGGAUUUAAAGGAUGCCUUCUUUUGCAUACCUCUGGAUAUAAAAAGUCAAAGCAUAUUUGCUUUUGAAUGGGAAAAUCCAGCUACAGGACGAAAGAUGCAACUAACAUGGACUGUACUUCCGCAAGGAUUUAAGAAUAGCCCCACAAUAUUUGGAAAUCAAUUGGCAAAAGAGUUAGAAAUGUGGAAGAAACAGAAUCAAGGACAAGGUAUAUUAUUACAGUAUGUGGAUGACAUUUUGAUAGCAGCAAAAGCAAAGAAACAUGUUUUGAAAUGACCAUCAGUUUACUGAAUUUCCUGGGCCAAGGAGGAUACAGAGUUUCCAGAAACAAAGCCCAGAUAGGGAAAGAAGCAGUGAUUUAUUUGGGAUUUGAGAUAUCUCAAGGACAGAGACAAUUGGGAAAUGAAAGAAAAGAAGCCAUUUGUCAGAUCCCUGAACCUAACAGCCCAAAGGAAUUGAGAGCCUUUCUGGGAAUGAUUGGGUGGUGUCGACUCUGGAUUUUAAAUUAUGGACUGUAUGUGAAACCCCUAUAUGAAGCCUUAAAGGAAUCCAAAGACCGAUAUUUGAUUUGGACACCUGAGUGCCACAAAUCAGUGGCAGCGACAGUGCUGCUGAUUCAGGAAGCCUGAAAAUUAACCAUGGGCCAAAAGAUAGUGGUAUAUGUACCACACAUGGUUAUAACUGUCUUGGAACAAAAGGGGGGUCACUGGCUAUCUCCUAGCAGAAUGUUGAAAUACCAGGUUGUCCUAUUGGAACAAGAUGAUGUGGAAUUAAAAGCCACAGCAAUUGUAAAUCCGGUAAUGUUCCUAACAACAGAAAAUCCAACUGAGAAAUUGGAACACGAUUGCUUGGUAACUAUUGAACAAGUUUAUUCCAGCAGACCGGACCUGAAGGACGAACCUUUGAAGGAUCCUGAUCUGGAAUUGUUUACGGAUGGAAGCAGCUUUGUGCAAGAGGGAAGGCAAAUAGCCGGAUAUGCUGUUGUUACCAUCGACAAGGUAUUGGAGUCAGGGACACUACCUGCAAAUACAUCAGCGCAGAAAGCAGAAUUGGUGGCACUGAAGCAGGCUUUACGGAUGGCAGAAGGGAAAAGGGUAAACAUUUGGACGGAUUCUAAAUAUGCAUUUGGUGUGAUCCACGCUCAUGGAGCCAUCUGGAAAGAAAGAGGACUGUUGUCAGCCCAGGGCUCACCUAUAAAGUAUAAAGAGGAAGUUCUUCAACUUUUGCAAGAUGUACAGAAACCAAAGGAAGUGGCUGUAAUGCAUUGCAAGGCUCAUCAGUUUGGUCAAACUGCUAUAAAUAUAGGUAAUCGAUUGGUGGAUAAAGCUGCAAAAGAAGCUGCAGAACAAGGUAUCCUUGCAUUAGUACCAGUAAAACAGAUAAAGAUUCCAAAUUUAAAAGCAAGAUACAGUAAGCUAGACGAACAACUAGCAGAGAACUUAAAGGCAUCCCAAAAUGUGAAAGGAUGGUGGGUAACACCAGAGAAUCAGGUAAUAGUGACCCCACAAGUUAUGACAGAACUUGCAAAGGAAGAACAUGAGCAGACACAUUGGGGUGUGGAUGCUAUGGUUACAAAUUUGAGAACAUCUGUAGUGUGUGUAGGAAUGACAGGAAUAAUUAAAUCAAUAAUAGCUAAGUGUCCAAUUUGUCUUAAAAAUAAUCCCUUAAACCAGAGGAAAGCACCUUUAGGAGUAACAAAGCAGGGUAAUUCCCCAGGAGAUUACUGGCAAAUCGAUUUCUUUGAGUUACCUAGACAGAAUGGGUAUAGAUAUUUGUUGGUAUUGAUUGAUACGUUUUCUGGAUAGCCGGAGGCUUUUCCUUGCCGCACCAACAAAGCAAGAGAAGUGGUCAAAAUAUUACUGAAAGAAAUAAUACCGAGAUUUGGGGUACCAUUGGGCGUAUCUUCUGACAGAGGACCACAUUUUGUAGCGGAAAUAGUCCAACAAGUAAGUAAAAUCCUGGGGAUAAAUUGGGAUUUGCAUACUCCCUGGAGACCGCAAUCAAGCGGGAAAAUUGAAAGGAUGAACCAGACCUUGAAAAGACAAAUGAAUAAAAUUUGUCAAGAAACAUCUUUGAAAUGGCCACAGGCUUUGCCAUUAGCUCUGUUGAGAAUAAGAAUCCAACCAAGGUCUAAAGAUGGUGUAAAUCCAUAUGAAAUAUUAUAUGGCAAACCCUACCAAACUCCCUUAAUCCCAGGGGACAUGAGGGUAACAGGGGAAAUAGAUUUAAAAACAUAUCUGAUUUCUUUAGGAAAGACCCUCGAAGCGCUUAGAAGAUAUAUUGUGCUGACCAGGCCGCUUGCUCUUGAUACACCUGUACAUCCAUACCAGCCGGGUGACCUUGUGUAUAUAAGGACAUGGGGUUCUGAACCACUCCAGGAGAAGUGAAAGGAACCUUUUCAGGUACUGUUAACAACUUAUACCGCGAUCAAGGUAGAAGGAGUGGAGCCUUGGAUUCACUAUACUCGAGUAAAGAAAGCGCCGCCGGAUUAGUGGACAUCUACGCAAGAGGGACCUUUGAAACUUAGACUGUGUAAAAAUUCUAAGGACCAGUUUCUUUAGCCUGUUAUCUAUUGAAUUAUGAAUAUUAAGAAUUGUUUGAUUAGACUGAUAACACUUUUUUUGUAUUUCAUCACUAAUUUGUAGCCAAAGAAAUACAGAAUGGCCAUGGUCCCAAGCUAUUGUCCAAUAUACCUGGAGUGUGGGACCAUAUCCCAAAGACCGUUCCCCAAAUUUAGCCACUGUAGUAAUGCAUGAAUCUGAAGUUUACCACCCACCUGAGUGGGAAUGGGACAGAAAGGACUGGGUCCGUGUCUUAACUGGAACAAUUGGAGAAAGAAUUCAAGUAGGAUGCAGAAAGAUGGAAGGAUCUCUUCAUGAGAAAGCUUCUUCAAUUACCAUCUCCGAAAAUCUAUUAGACCCUAGUUCUAAUAUUACAAUGAGACUCUGUCCCACCACUGAAUGGAAAUGUUACAAACAAGAUUCUCUCAUUACGUGUUGCCGCCAACAGAAUGUCGGUAACUACUCCUUAGACCCUAGUACCAAUAAUGUUGAAAUCACCAAAUCCUGUAUUAAGGAACAAGGAGAUUGUUGGCAUAAUUUUACUUUAACUAAACCAGUUUAUGUGGUGUGCGAUUGGUGACCUAAUCCAUUGACAAGAGGACUAUUAGGCCUUACAUUUAAAUUCAAAAUAAAUGCUGUAACUAAACCCCUAGUGAUGCUUGUUGCAGUAGUCACGCAUGCUGAUACAGAUACUCUCUUUACGUUAACUAGUAAAGGUGAAGUCACCCCCUCUUUUAUGGUACCACAAGGAAAUGACAUCACAAUAAGAUGCAGAUUAAUCACUGAAUCUCGCAUUGAACCUAUAAACAGUUAUGAAAUUGGACCACAUGGCCCUAUUUUGUGUAAAAAUCAAAAUUUAGACUGUUGGUUAAAUUUGACUGCUGUACAAUACUCCCAUAAAGUAAUAUGUGGUAAAAAUAACACCAAAUACUGGGGAGAACUUAAAAUAGAUGUCGUAAUACCUACUACCCAACCAAUUGUUGCUCUUAAUUCGAAAAUCUUUGAAAUUGGACCGUAUGUGAUUAGAAAUACAGGCUUGCAACAAAUGUUGUUUAACCCGGCAUGGUCUCUCAAACAAGUUGAAUUGUCAAUGCAAAACAAUGUUUCAGAUAUUCAACCAGCUUGUUCACCUUUCUUAAAAAUUUCAUAUGAGGGAUGGACAACCUGGCUGCAGAAACGAACUCUUACUAUGAAAAGGACACGGAGAGACUUGACCGGUGUUUUGGGAACAGGAUUGGGAGUUUUAAAUAGCAUUGAUUCAGAAGUAAUAAUGAACAAAUUGGCAGCCUCAAUAAGUGAUUUGGCUAAAUUACAACAACCCUUACGAUCUUCUUUAUUGGCUCUAAGAACUAACCAGUGGCUGUUGUCAAAUAUAUUGCCAACAUGGGAAAGAGUAAAUGUAAGGGACCACGAAUUAGUUACAGACACACUUGGGGUGGUCCAGAAUAACCUCUCUUUGGCUCUUAGUUGUAUCCAGGCUCAAUUAUGGAUGCAGUCGCUAGCCGCCUCAAUUAUAAGAGAAGGUGAAGAAGGCACUCUCCCCACUGAAAUUAGGAAAAUAGUUUGGGACAGUGCUACUGAUUUUGAGAAACAACUCCAGUCCUGGUGGAGCCUGGUAAACUUUACUUAUGAUCCCGUUACAAACACAGCUACAACUUUUGUGCUCACUAUAUCUAAUGCUACUAUAUACUCAAUUUAUCCCAUUGUUGCAUUAGGGUUGAACCACAACGGAACUAUACUCUAUCCUUCCGAGCAUAGAGUAUGGGCCCGAAAAAUGAAUGAAAAAUGGCAAACUGUUAAUUUGGAAUCUUGCAUCGUGCAAGAACAACAAGGAUUUGUCUGUGAAUGUAAUGCAAUUGAGGCACAAGAUAUUUGCCUGGAUAGUGAACGAAAUAUUUGCCAUUUUGAGGUCAUCCUAACGAGAACCCUAAAACAGUUAUUAUAUAUAUUGGUAAGGGCUGUGUAUGUUUAAGGACUGUUUGUGAUUCUUUAUAUGUAGAUAAGGUAGUCGUAGAGAUUAAAAAUCAUUCAAAUUUUUGUGUUUGUAAUUUUACUAAGAUUGAUGGAUGUGACUUUUCUUAUUCGACCCCAGUCACAUCUCACCAACUUUUGCAGUCCAAUUACAUGUUGAUUCAUGAAUUAUUACCCAUACCCAUUGGAAUGAAUCUCACUUUAGUGAAACAGUUAUUACAACACAAGGAUUUGAUUGCAAUUCCGGAAAAAAUUAGGGAAAACGGACAAAACACCCUAAUAACUGUUCAUCACAAUGUGAAAGAAAUACACCGAGUUUUUGAAAGAGCGCAGAGAGAUGCAGAACUUAGAUGGUGGGACACACUUUUCGAAUGGUCACCUACUGCUACAGGCAUCCUAAACAAGUUGUGUCACCCCAUCGUGAUUCUCUUAAUAUUGGUUUUGAUCAGUUUGAUCUUGUCAGCAAUAUUAUAUGUCAUAGCCUGGAAAAUGAUGAAUCGGUUAACAUAUCUGAGAAAGCAAAUUACUUGUGAAGCUUCUUUCACUCAUAUGAUCGUCCAAGCUGUUGCAGAACAGCAAAAGAGACAAGCAAUCCCAGAGUUUCCUCCAACAUAGAAAAUGAUUAGUAUAGUGAAAGUAUUGAAAUAAUUUUCAAAACUUUCAAAGGGGGGAAAUGUUAACUUAUAUCUUGACAAAACAAUCAAAAGUUGAUUAUAUAAAAGUUAGGAUGAUUUGAUUAUAUUUGUAACUCAAAGUUAUAAUGUAGCUAUAGAAUCAGAUUGGGAAAAUUAGUUGGUAACCAAGGUAAUAAGUAAUGAAGCUAACUGACCAUGGCAAGGUACAAUGCUGCUAUGUUCCUCGUACAGUCCAUACCCAACCGGACAAUAGGCCCGGGAAUAUUAAUCUUAUGAAGUAAGUCGUUAUGGCCGGGUGCAUCCACAGCAAGGAUACUGCGCAUGCCUGCAUGAAGAAGGUCAUCCAGCGGACACAGGUGCAAGACCACUGACGACCACCAGAGACCUUUGAGGACCACCGACUCAAAUCACUGAGCAUGCGUGACAAGGAGGAGAUUAUGGAAAUGAUUUCCCAGAAAUGAUUAUCAUAGGACUGCCUUUUCUUGGAAAUAUAAUGAAUAUGUAUGUUUUGAUCCUACAUAACCUGUGUGUUGGUGAUCACCUGGCAUGCACGUUGGGUGGAGCUAUCCCCCGUGCAUCCAGCGCUGCAAUAAAGAAUGCCUGCCUUUUAACACUA